AUGGAGUACCCCACGUUUGUCUCGGAGCGCCCCAUCAAGGAGACCUCCGGGAACAUUGUGCAUGAAGACUGCUCCAAAUUCCACCACAUAAUGAGUCCACGUGCCAUUAAGAAGCAGCCUCUGCAUUACUUCGUGCAAAGACCCCUCUUCCCCCUACCUCCCACCUUGUGUGCCACAGUGAGAAGCAUGUUUAUUCAAACACAGGAUACUCCAAACCCCAACAGUUUAAAGUUCAUCCCAGGAAGACCAGUUCUUGAGACGAGGACCAUGGAUUUCCCCACGCCAGCGUCAGCGUUUCGCUCCCCUCUGGCUAGGCAGUUAUUCAGAAUUGAAGGAGUAAAAAGUGUCUUCCUUGGCCCAGAUUUCAUCACAGUCACAAAGCAAAGCGAAGAGUUAGACUGGAAUUUAUUGAAGCCGGAUAUCUACGCCGCGGUCAUGGACUUCUUUGCGUCUGGCUUACCCCUGGUUACUGAGGAAACAGCUUCAGAAGCAGGAUCUGAAGAAGAUGAUGAAGUUGUAGCAAUGAUUAAGGAAUUAUUAGAUACUAGAAUACGGCCGACGGUGCAGGAAGAUGGCGGGGACGUCAUCUUCAAAGGCUUUGAGGAUGGCAUCGUACAGCUGAAGCUCCAAGGCGCUUGCACCAGCUGCCCCAGCUCCAUCAUUACUCUCAAGAACGGCAUUCAGAACAUGCUGCAGUUUUAUAUUCCAGAGGUAGAAGGUGUAGAACAGGUAUGCUCAUGUUAAAUGGCAGGUCACUUU